CUGACAGGUGCUAAUUAUAGCUCAGGUGUUUCCUUUUGCGUGGAUUGUUCAGACAUUAAAGAGCAGUGAGUGUCUGUUUUUAGUUUUAACCUUUGUUUUCAUCUGUGGAGAUUGGAAUUAGAAUGCAUACACCAUCUUGAAGACCAGAGAACUAACUAUGGCUGAAAAACAGUUCAUCUGUUAACUGAGAAGAAUUCAUUAUGAAGGAUAGAACGUAAACUGGGUAUAUCAAGUACAGAAGUUUUGGAAAGUCUUGUAAAAGAAAGAAACCACUGGUGGACUCAGAAUUAAACACUGAACAGGUUGGCCAGGGAAGACGAAUACAAUUGAUGACAGAUGAAUCCUAAGAACAACCCCAGAACAAUGGGAAGUGACAUCACCAGCAGUCUUCAGAGAGCAGGGGUGAAAAUAUCACUAGCCACUGUCCUCAGAAGACUCUGAGAACGGAAUGAUGGAGGCCCCUCAUCUGCAGCAAGAAGAAAAAGGUCAGAUUAGAAUUUUCUAAAGAGAUGAACCAGAAAAGAACAAAGUUUAAUGGACAGACCAAAAUGAGCCUUGACCAAAGUGAUGGAAAGCCAAGAGUGUGGAGACAGGAAGGAACACCCCCCCCCCCCCCAACUGUGCACUGUGAACUAUGGAGGAGGUAGUGUCUUGGCUUGGGCAUAUAUGGCUGCUUCUGGAACAGGCUCAUGUGUAUUUAUUGAUGAUUUAAUGGAGGAUGGCAGUAGGAUGGAUGAAUUCAGAAGUGUACAGACGAUGAAAAUUCUAUUAAAUAAGAUCUGAUUGUCUGUACUUUUGUCUCAUAUUAAUCUUUUGAACUCAAAUCCAGAUGCUUUAAGUAGGCUAUAUAGCAAAAAUAACAAAUUUCACUCUCCCAUUCCCCAUUGUUGUACGGCACUAUAACUUUCCAAAAAACGAACUACUGGAUGACAGCAGUAUAUUCCCAAUUCCCAAAUUCGAUUUAGCAAAACGUCUCUUUUCAAAAAGGCAUAAUUAUGAGUGAGAUGGGAAUUAGCCUCCUGAAACUACAGCAGCAGUGCGCACUUGUCUGAAGGACCUGGGUACCUUUCAUCCGGAGCCAGCCGUGACAAACAGCGUGUUCAAGCCGAGAGGAAAAUAACUCAGUGUGGCAUUUAUAAGGCUCGUUCUCUGAGAGUGAGCCCCCUCCAGCCGGCCUCGACCGCCCCCGUGCCCCCCCCGCCAAAACCCAAGAGCCCCACGGGAGAUGGCAGCAAACAGCAGAUGGAGGAGAUACUCAACGCCAUGCUUCCACCAAGGGAGUGGGUGGAUAACAGCCAGCUGUGGGUGCAGCAGGUGUCGUGCACGCCCUGCACGCGCAUGGACGUGGUGAAGCUGCAGGAGCUGCUGGACCUGAAGCUGCAGCAGAGGCAGGCGCGGGAGACGGGGAUAUGCCCGGUGCGCCGCGAGCUGUACACGCAGUGCUUCGACGAGCUGAUCAGACAGGUGACCAUCAGCUGCUCGGAGAGGGGUCUGCUGUUGCUACGGGUACGAGAUGAGAUACGCAUGACCAUCGCGGCCUACCAGACCUUGUACGAGAGCAGCGUGGCCUUCGGCAUGAGGAAGGCCCUGCAGGCCGAGCAGGGCAAGGCUGACCUGGAGAAGAAGAUACUGGAGUUGGAGAGCGAGAAGAAGGACCUGGAGCGGCAGGUGAACGAGCAGAAGGCCAAGUGCGAGGCCAUCGAGAGGCGGGAGACGGAGAGACGGCAGGUGGAGGAGAAGAAGCACACGGAGGAGAUCCAGUUCCUCAAACGCACCAACCAGCAGCUCAAGGCCCAACUGGAGGGCAUCGUCGCCCCAAAGAAGUGACCACAGGACUUCACCAAGGCAUAUUCCAUCGUUUUAUACUGUUUUUACAAACAUCCUCACAUUAAAGGACUCAACGUCCAUUUUAUACAUUUUUACUGAAACGAUACCCUACAGACAUCAGAAAAACGAAGCAAAAAUUGCACUAUUUGUGUCUUUUUAUCCACAGAAUGGAAGCUCAGUUUAUAACACCAUUUCAAGCGCUUUGCAAAAUGGCAGUUCCUGUUCUGCUAAACGUCAGUUGUCCUAAUUUGGCCUGCAAGGAUUAAAUUGUUGACAGAUGAAAAUGUUCUUUUUUCCAUGCUAUUUUCAGCAUAUAUUUUCUGUUCAUCACUGUUUUUUUUUCCUUCAAAAUGACUCUUGGACCAAUGAUGUUCUUAUAUAAAGAUUCCAAGGGAAAUGAUAACUUUGUUAAAUGACUCAACUUUAACAAAAAAGUAUGUUUGUUAACUAUGUUUGCAAAAAUCAUUUUAACCGUUUAAAUAUGCAAAUCACACUAAUAAUUUUUCUCACUGUAGUUGUUACACAAGCCUAGUUAAUGGGCAUUAACAAGGAAUUUACUAAAUAAGUUUUUAGUCUCAUAUCUCUACUGUUUAUUUAGGAUUUAUGAAUGCAUAAAUGUAUGUAAUAUCUGUUAAUUAUUUACAGCCAUAAGUUGUUCCCUACUUGGUAUCAUAACCAAAAAUAUUUUCUCUUCUAAGUCUGGGACGCUUGCAGAAAAAACACUGCAAAUGGACCAGUCCUGCAGAAAGCCAUACACACAUCUGUGUAGAAAUGCUCUGCACUAUCUUUGACCUUUCACCUCUGAUCUUUGACCUGUACGAAAGAUUGCAAUGUAGUAGUUCAGUUCCUACCGCAUGUUAAAAAAACAAUUUCACAGUGGCCGCGUUGGCAUUAUUUUUGAUUUUGUUAAAAAAAAAAAAUUAAUGUUUUAUAUUACAAGUUAAAAAUGAUCCACUGGCCCAUUGAAAUCUUUGUACUGUUGAUGAAUAAAAAUGAAAUCCUGGCA